AUGUCACGAAGGUCAAAGGACUUAUCAGAUUUAGAUAGAACAAAAAAUUCACCAUUAGCUCAAUUACGACUAUCAAAUAUUGAACCAAAUUUGAAAAAUGGUAAUAAACUUAACAAUAAACCUAAAAGUAGAGAAGUAUCAGAAGUCAAUAAUUCAAAUUCAACUUCAUUGUCACCACCAACUAUAAUUAAAACUUCUCCCAGAUCUAUAAAAAUAAAUGACUCAAAUUCAAACGCAACCAAAAAUCACAAGAGAAAUAAAAGUAGUAGCAAAUUAUCUGAUAUUGAAUUAAAAGAUCUUAAUUCUGAUUCAUUGGAUCAUUCAUUAAAUCAACUUAUAUCAAAUGGUGAAACUUUAAUAAAAUCCGACUCUUCAUCAUCCGAUCAACUAUCAAAGGAUGACAUCAAAAAAGCAGGUCAAUUAGCUUCAUUACUACUAGAUACAAGAAAUAUUUUAAAAGCAGAUUGUAAUGUUAUUGACCCUGAGUCAAAUUUAAAAGCAAGUUCCAAUAACAAUGAUACUACCAAAAUCACAAGAAAUACAUUUGUUAGAGCAGAAAAAGUUAAAACAAUGUUGGGUGUAAAAUAUCUUUACAUUGAAAGACUACAUGAAUGGGAUAAAAUAAAUGGCCACGAUAAUGAACAUCCUGGUGUUGAAGGAGUAUACAAUCCAUUACAAAUUUUAAGAAAUAGAAAAAUCAGAGCGAAAUAUAAUGAAUACCCGAAACCAUUAUUAAUGAAAACACUACCUUUAGCUUGUAAUGUUUUCAGUCGACAUAAUCAACCAGGGCAUCAUCAUCCACAUGCUCAUCAUCAACACAAAAGAGAAUGGAGAAUGCAGUGGGCAAUUGAAUUAAAUGAGUAUAUUGGAGAUUCUAGAUGGAGAGUAAAUCAUUGGGAUGAAUUAAAAGACCCUAAUGGGGAUUAUUGGUUCAGAACAGAUGAAGAAGAUGGUCAUUAUCAUGAAAAUCUGCAUCAUUCUCGAAAAAGGAAAAAACAUAACUUUAGAAGAAGAAUACAUGAUAGAUUAUUCGAACUGUCUGAUGAAGAGAAGAAAGAAAAAUUGUCAACCGACAAGGAUCAAAAUUUAUUAGAAGUAAGUACAAGUCCAGAAAGUGAUGCACAACUUGGUAAAAUCUCAAAGUCCAAAUCUCCUAGGAAAAGAAUAAAAUCAAAAGUUAAAAAAUUUUAUCAAGGUAAUUCUUCAUCUUCCUCCAACGUUUUAAAUCAAUUCAAUGAACCACUUGAGGAAAAUAAUACUUAUGAUCAAGACGACACAUUAGCAUCUCCAACCCCACAAAAUAAUUCAAGAAGUAAUGGUUCAACCAAUAAUGGCUACAAUGUUGAACAAACUGAAGCCGAACAACAAUUAAUACCACCUACGAUUCGAAUAGAACCAACAUCUCCAGAACCUAAUCUGAAUAUUUUCCCACCAUUUCAACAUCAACACAAUCAAAGUAUUCAAGAUGUCGAAUUCCAACCAUCACAUAAAGAAAGAAGUAACACAGACGAUUCAUUUCUUGAGUUAAGUGCAGGCACUGGAGGAAAAUCAAGCUCAAGUGAUAAAGCAAGUCCUAACGAAAUAAUAGAUAGACAUGAACAGGAAUUAGCACAAUUAUUUAAGUACUUGGUGUAUUUUAUAGAAUCUUGUUCAAGUCGUACACAAUAUUUAUUAUCUAUAUAUCCAAACUACUUAAAUUUAGUUCAGAAUAAAAUAAAUAAUAUAACUUCAAAUUCUAUAUAUGAAUUAUUAAAUUUAAUGACAAGUAUAAAUGAUGAAAAUUUACCUGCUUAUGAAGAAUUAUACCUGGGUUUUUUAGAUGAAACUCAAUCGAUUUUACACAUGGUUAAUGAACAAUAUUCAAUGAAAAUAGAUACUUUAUUAAGUACAAGUGAUCGAUCAAUUUCAGAAAUAAAUGCAUCAUUAUCAUUAGAUUUAAGAAAAUGUAACGAAAGAUUAGAUUAUUUGGAAAAUUCAUUAUUUAAAAAUUCAAAUAAUUUGAAAAAGGAUAUUUUGAGUGAUGCUUCAAAUUAUAAAAUUUUGUAUUUGGUAUUGGAAAAUAUAAUUGUUAUUUUAUUAAAAUUAGUAUGGGUUAUUGUUAAUAUUUAUAAAUUUUUUGCAUUUUUCAUAAAAUUGAUUUGGAGAAUAAUUAGAUUUUUUAUAUAA